AUUUCUAUUAAAAUAAAUGAUUUCUUGCAGAAGCAUUUCAUAAGAAUUCAAUUUAAAGGAAGAGCAUCUCAUUGUAUUUAAAUCCUACAUUGGAAUAACCUCAGGAGGAAUGGAUAAAAAGGUGGCCCAAUCACUAAACAAUGUUUUUGCCACAAAUAUUCAUCAAUCAUCACAAAAUGCAGAUAAAUUAGUCUAUAAUGAUUUUGAUGUGGCCUUUGCUGUAGGAAUAGUAUUCAAACUUCUAGUGGGAUAGAAAAUUGAAUUCCUUGAUUAUUUUUGUAAUUAACAAUAUCAUUAUUUAGGUGCAUAGUACUCAAAAGCAAAUGAUAAAUAAAAAUACGCCUUAGAUUUACUCAAAUACACUGUCUAUUAACUUGAUAAAAGUGACCCAACAUUUUACUUAAACACUUUGUUAAAAAACAAAAACAUUCCUAAUCAAUAAUUAUAAGCAGGAAUCAGCUUAUCUAAGAUUUACACAUUUGUUCAUUUGUGCGAAUUGGGUUCAUUUUUCAAACCCUUUUAAACCUAUUUCCCUAAUGUCUUCUGGUAGAGUUACGAGAAGAUCAAUAUGAAGGACGUGAGACCUGAUAUAGAUCUUUACUUUUAUUAACCUUCUCCAUCCUUGUAUUUUAUUAUUGUUAUAAUUUUAGCCCAAUACUUGUGUUAUAAUAAUAUGAUGAUGUUCAACUUUUAUAUAAGAUAUUCCAAGAAUAUUAAGUUUUCAUGACACAUAUUUCAACCUAAUUGAUUUUGGAUGCAGUUGCUCGUCAAUUAUCACCAACUUCAGAAAACCUGAAAAGUCAACCAUACAAAGUACCCAGCUUUAGAGAACUGGGAUUAAUUUUAUUUGCUGGGCAACCAUAAUUAGAGGAUAAAAUAUCAAAGUUUGAGAAGAUAUCUAAAAUGUAAUCAAUUUAGAAAUUCAUUUUUAGUGGUGAAACCCUGAGUUUCUUAAUUAAUCCUUAAGCUUCAUUCGAGAUCAUUAAGAAAGAUUUGUCAUUACAUUAAGAAUAAGAAGUUGUUAAAGAUUAGGUAGAAUAAAAUUAGAAUGCCAACCAAGUCUUUGAUAUUUUUGCUACACAAAUACCAACUUCUAGUUAAGCAGUUAAUAAUUUGAGAAAGACAAUUUCAUAUUGAUUAAUAAGAUAGAUAUGUUAUCAAAUAAAGCAUCAAUUAUA